AUGGGUGACGUUCGUCCAUCAGGAGUUGCUUACCAGCCUUUGCCAGGUUUUUCUGACGAAGAGCAAGGGUUUGCUGAAGAUCGUCCUCGGUCAAGAAACCAAUUGGCACAUGUUUCGAUCCCUAGUUCCUCAAAUGGCGAUAUUUCACGGCGUCCACUUCAAUCGUUCCGUUCAGCCCUACAAAUUUCGAGUCCAUCGUCGGCCACCACUUUGACAUCAGGACAUUCGCCUCUUGGAUUGUAUUCUCCCAUAACUCCUUAUCUACCUGGAACAACCUUUAAGCUUGGCUGCAAGCAUCGCGAAAGUGCUGAGAAAAGAUAUACCAAAUCCCUUUCAGAACUGGCCUUCGUGGUAGAAUGCCCGCUCGUUGACCCUGUCUUGUCGCCCAUCGUCGCGGAGAAAUCCAAUAGCAAGAACACAGAGUUUACACACUUGCGUUACACUGCAGCAACGUGCGAUCCGGAUGACUUCACGGUGAGGAACGGCUACACACUUCGCGGCCAGGCGUUCAGCCGUUCCACCGAUAUUCUCAUCGCGAUCACCUCGUUCAACGAAGGCGCGUCUAUGUAUGCGCACUCUCUAAGCGGAGUCUUCGCCAACAGUCGCGACCUAUGCACUUCUCAAAAGUCGAGGUACUGGCGAUCUUGUGCUGGAGAAGCUGGCCCAGCGUGGCAACGCAUCACGGUGGCCUUGGUUGUCGAUGGUUUGGAGGAAAUGGAUGGCAGCGCGUUGGAAUUCUUGACGGGGGCCGGACUAUGUCAGCCCGGUGUUAUGAGACCCCAGGUCGACGGAGCGGAGACGACUGCUCAUAUUUUCGAGUCCUUAAUACCCGCAAAGCGACUGGACAAAGAAUCUCAAUUAAGCGGCCACUCAGACGAUAUCCCUAUCCAGUUUAUCCUUAUCAUCAAGGCGAAGAACGAAAGGAAGAUAAGUUCUCAUCGCUGGGUUCUUAACUCCAUCGCAAAGAACCUGAACCCGGAGAUUUGCAUAUUCCUAGAUGCUGGCACUAAACCCGGACCGAAGGCGAUUUAUCGUCUUUGGGAUGCUUUCCAUAAUGACCCACAUCUUGGAGGCGCGUCAGGCCAGAUUCACACCCCGCAAGGCAGAAUGCUGCUCAACCCCCUUGUCGCAGCACAGAACUUCGAGUACAAAACCUCUAGUGUUUUCGACAGACCUCUGGAGAGCACUUUCGGCCAUGUUGUCGUUUUACCAGGUGCCUUCAGCGCAUACCGAUACAGAGCUAUCCUCGGUCGACCAUUGGAGGAAUAUUUCAAGGGCGAUCAUUCCAUGGCUAACAGGCUAGGAAUUGACGGUAUGCGUGGUAUGAGCAUCUUCCAGAAGAAUCUCUAUCUGGCCGAAGAUCGCAUUCUCUCCUUCGAGCUCGUGGCGAAGGAAGGCGAGAAAUGGACAACUGCAUACAUCAGGUCAAGUACCGCAGAAACAGACGUACCAGAAAACCCAACGGAACUUCUGAGCCAACGGCGUCGGUGGUUGAACGGGGCUCUUGCCGCUAACUUCUACGCUCUUGCGAACUUCGGGAGAUUCUAUCGCACGACGCAUGGGUGGAGACAGUUGGCAUUAUUCCACCUUCAAGCUAUUUGCAAUCUUGCCUCCAUGGUGUUCUCGUGGUUCACCUUGGCGAAUCUUUGGCUCGCUUUUAGCAUUUUACUAGAUUCUUUGCCCGGAUAUGCACCGUCCCGAUACAUGUUCUUGAUCGCCGGCAUGAGCAAGAUGAUCAAAGGUGUCUACCUUCUCUGCCUUCUGAUGCAGUUCCUGCUUGCAUUCGGCAAUCGCCCAAGAGCGGAGCGUAUUGCCUAUGAUUUCACCCUCUGUUUCUUUGGGUUUGUUCCUUUGUAUUUGAUGUUCAUGCCCGCGUUGUUGUCCUGGCUGUCCGCUGUGCCCCUCAGCCCUAGCAGCAUUGAAAAUGCGGAUUCGACAUCCAAGUCGGCAGGAUCGGCUCUAGCCGCGGUUUUCGGCCCUAUGGGCUCUACCCCAGGAAUCACCCUUAUCACUUCACUUCUUUAUCUUGACUUCCCCCAUCUAGUGCAUUCGUCAAUCCAAUACAUUUGCAUGGGUCCCAGCAUCAUCAAUGUGCUAACCGUAUACGCAUAUUGUAACCUUCAUGACGUAUCAUGGGGAACGAAAGGCUGCGAUCAAGUGGAGAUUCUGACGCCCUGUGUAUCCUCUUCCAAGCUUCCGACACAAGUCGUUAUGGAGGCGAAGCGAAGCUCUGCACGCGAUAAUUCGAGGACUAGGUCCGCGAUUGAAGAUGCGCACAAGAGCUUCCGCACGAGAGUCGUGACUUUUUGGAUCUCUUGCAACAUCAUACUGGCCGUCGCCGUCGAGAGCUAUGGGGGAUGGCUCAACCUCGCCGACCCUUCCAUCACUGCAGAACAAGUGCGCUUGUUUUAUGCCGAUAAAUCCGAGCUACGGAAUGCGUACCUUGCCGGCCUGGGUAGCUUUGCGUAUUGGCUCGUUCUUCUGCGCUUCGUUGGGAGCGUGAUCUUUUGGGCAAGGAGCAAUAUGUCGGGUUGGUGGAGACGGAAUUCAUGA